CUCACUAAUAGCCUAAUGUUAAAUUAGCCUAUAAAGCCUAUUUGGCUAAGACAUGAGGUCUUUUAUUUAAUGUUUUCUCCCAUUAGUGUAAAUAAAGCUGUCUUUAAAUGUCUAGAGGAAACAUGUCAAGCCUCAGCAGCUGAGGUAGAGACAGUGACUGUCGCCUGGAAAGCCGCAGCUAAUCCCCCCAUGACCUCUCCGUGCCGGGAAGCUGAAAGACAGUGGAGGAACAUGGGAGCAGAAGCAGUACUGACCCCAGGUAACUAAACUGUUGUUUUAUCAUGGGGGAGCUGACGUCCACCUCUCCUGGGCCCUGCUUGGACCUGAACAACUUUGACUCGGCCAGAGCGCAGAGGAGUCCGUAUGUUUUAACGAGCCCCCGCUCACUGGAGUCCUGUGCACGGCUCGGUGUCAAACCUGUUGAACUUCUGAUUAAAUCGUUAAACGAGGUGAUAGCUGAACAGAAUGACGUGCCCUUUGAAGCAAUGAGAGUUAUGCAUGAUUCCUACGAAAAAGAGAGAAUGAAGCGUUUACAAAUGUGCCGUGUGGAGAGGGAGAGGAUUAUCCAGGCGGCUGGGGACAGGUGGCCAGGCAGUGAUAAAGUGUCAGACCUGGAAGUGGUGCCUGACAAGAAACUGAAGGGUCACUCAACGGACGGACAGACAACCAGGUCCAUGCCAUAUGCAGAUCUGUGCUUGAAAGGGAAAUCUGUGAGCAGGUCUUCCUGUUCGGUUGUUGGUAACAGACACCCGGACAGGAGCACGGUCUGCAGCUUCAGUCUGGGAGACCUCAGAUACUCCCCAGCCACUGAGAUGAAACUGGAGAAGCUCACCAAGGACAUAAAAAAGGAGAUGUGUGUCACAGUGUCGGAGAGAGACCGCAAGAUAGCAGCUCUCAUGCUGGUGAAGCACGAGAAAGAGCAGGCUUGCCUGAAGCUCUGUCAGCAAGAGAAACAGGAGCGACAGGAGGCCCGCAGGCUGGAGGAGGCGCAGCGGGCUCAGGCAGAGAAAAGGAGGAGGAAGAAGCUGAAGCAGAGUAUGCAACGUUGGCAUGAGGAGCUGGAGGCCCGCAGGAGGCUGAGGGAGCGACAGGAGAAAGAAAAAGCGGGACAACUUGAGCAGGAGGUGCAGCUGCAAGAAGACCGCUGGAGGAGGCUCAAAGAGGAAGUGGAGGCACAAUGCAGAGAAAAGAUAGAGGCUGCACAGAAAGAGGCAGAGGGGCGCAAACGCUACCAGGAGAAGCUGCUGAGAGAGAAGGAGGAGCUGGAAAUGAGUGAGCGAGAGAGGGAGAGACAGGUAGCAGCGGAGAGGGAGCAGAAGGCCAGGAGGAGCAAGGAGUUGCAGAAGAAGAAGGAGAGGAAGAAGCUGCAGGAGGAAAAUCGUAGAGAGCUGCUACGGCACAAACUGCUGAAACAGCAGGCAGAGCAGCAGGGGGAGGAAGAGGAGGCCCAGAUGAGGAGCAGGCAUGAGAGGAAGCUGCGACUCUCCUGCGAGAAACAUGCCCAGGCCACCGAGGCACGGCUGAGGGAGCUGCAGGAGCGGGCGGCGCGGGAGGAGGAGCAGAUUCAGAGAGCGCGGCUGAGGGCCGAGCUGCAGAGCGUCCAGGAGCUCAUGCACAAAAAGACCCUGCUCCAGCAGAGCCAGCAUCGCACGGAGAGAGCCGCCCAGCAUGCCUCGGCACAGCAAAGGGCCAGAGCUCAGCAGACACAUCAGCACAACAAACACAGGGAGCUCCGCCACCAGAGGCUGAGAGAGCAGGUGCAAAGGGAGGAGGAGGCAACAAGGAAGGUCAGGGAGAGCUGCAUCUCCAUGAAGGAGUGGAGGAGGGAGAAGCUGCGGAGACAGCGAGAGCAGAUACAGGAGGAGGCGCACAGGCUCACUCUGGCCUCCUUCCACAUGAGGGAGAGAGUUAGAAAGCAGACGCACAGUCGAACCUUUGAUCAGAUGGCUCUGGAUGCUCAGCUGAUUGCCUCCAUGAGCCACAUGAAACUAGGAGAGAAAUGAUAAACUCCCAUCCUGGCUUCAGAAUGACUCCCCACAGCCACACCUCUUCUCAUAGGCUUCAGUACAGUUCAGGCAUUAAUAGCUGCACUCAUCCAGAGCUGCUUAGAGCCGGAGCUGCAGAAGAAUAAGGGAAUUCAGAGUUCUCUUAACAACACAGAAAAACAUCGCUCUUAUUGGCAAUCUAGGAAUGCAGCAAGGAAGAACCACACAAGUAUGUACAUGUGAAUGUUGGGGCCCAGAGCUG